AAUUUUUUUAGAAUGUUGUACUAAACAAUGAUGCAGAGAGCAGAGAUUUAAUUUGACAGUUGCAAAUAAUCAAUUAAAAAUAGUAUAGAUGAAAAUUCGAUUGGCAUCAAGUAUAAGAAACAAUUGGAAAAAAAAAAAUUUUUUAUUUUGGAAAAAUUAGAUUAUUAUUUAUAAAAGCUCAUAAAUGAUGAUGGAAAUGUUAUUACCUUGUAUUGUGAUUUUAAUUUUGAUGAAAAAUUAACACUUUUUCUAAAAGCUGGAGAUAUUAAACAAGAAUUUAUAAACUCUUCUUCACCAAGUUAUUUUUGUGGAAAAAAAAAUUAGUUAGAUUUACAUCAAUAAUUGUUAGUUAUAAGAGAAAAUAUUCUUAAAGAAUUUGAAAAAUAUAAUUCAUUUUUGAUACUAAAUGAGAAAAAACCCUAAAAUUAAGACAUAUGGAGUUAAGCUGAUUAUUUUUUGAAAAAUAACACUUAAUAAGCUGCAGAUAAAUGUAAAGAAGAGGCUGAAAAAUGUAGAAAAAAUAUGGUUAAAUAACUUAUUAAAAAUGAUGAUUUAAGCUAAUAUCUUGAAUUUUAGUUCUAUCUUGAAAUUUAUCAUAAUUAUUUUGAUGAUCUAUCUGUUCAAAAGAGAAAUGAAAUAUUUUAACAAUUUAAAUAACUUAUGGUGAUUUUAAAGGAAAAUGGGUCAGCAUUUUAAAUGAAUUAAUACAUUUAAAAUAACAUGUUAUUCUACAAAAAUAAAAGAUUUGUUAUCAAUAAGCCUAUGGAUCCUUCACUUAAUAUUCCAAUCUUUUUGUGGGAAGAAAUUUAGAGUUAUUAACUUUAAGGAUUGAUACUAUGUUUAAUGGUUGAUUUAGAUAAGACAAGUCUGAAUUUCAAAGUUAUAAGAGAUAUAGUAAGAGAGCUUUAAAGAAGACAGCAGAAGAGGAUUGUUUGAUGAAAAUGAUAUUUUUAAUAUAUGAAU